CAUAUACUCUCCAAUUAUUCCAUAGUGUAAAUAAGAAUAUCCAUUGCCGAGUCCCUUCCAUGGCUCCUCAAUUUCUCUCUAUAUUCCAAACUCCACACUUCUCUGCUCUCUGAGCUAAUCAAAUUAUCCAAAUAACUCACUAUGGCUGCCUCUUCUUUGUUUAUAAAUCCUGUUAUCUCUUCUUCUUCUUCUUCUUUUGUUUCAGUACCUACAAGUUUUCAUGAAUUUUCGUACUUUUCUACUUCAAGAACAAACCCCAUUAGCUUAAUUUGCACAAAAGUUAAUUUUUUGCAGUGUGAAAGGAGAUUUAGGGAAAGACCCUUCAAGAAAAGACCCUUAAUUGCAGCUAGCAACAUGAAAGUUAAAGAGUAUAGGGAAGAAGAGGAAGAGGGUCCUCCUCCUUCGAUUGAAUCUGAAAUGAGUUCCAAGCCUAGACGUAUUGCUAUCUUUGUUGAGCCUUCUCCUUUUUCGUAUGUAUCUGGCUAUAAGAACCGGUUCCAGAAUUUUAUAAGAUAUCUCCGUGAAAUGGGGGAUGAGGUUAUGGUUGUGACAACACAUGAAGGGGUACCUCAAGAGUUUUAUGGAGCAAAGCUGAUUGGAUCAAGAAGUUUCCCUUGCCCCUUGUACCAGAAGGUUCCCCUGUCACUAGCUCUCAGCCCAAGAAUAAUUUCAGAAGUAGCACGAUUCAAGCCCGACAUCAUACAUGCAUCAUCUCCUGGUAUAAUGGUAUUUGGUGCUCUUAUCAUUGCAAAACUGUUAUGUGUGCCGAUAGUGAUGUCUUAUCACACGCAUGUGCCUGUAUACAUACCUAGAUAUACCUUUAGUUGGUUGGUGCAACCUAUGUGGAUGAUUAUAAAGUUUCUACAUAGAGCUGCUGAUCUUACAUUGGUGCCAUCUGCUGCUAUUGCGAAGGAUCUGAAAGCUUAUAGGGUGACAGCAGCUAACAAAAUACGUCUGUGGAAUAAGGGUGUUGAUUCUGAGAGCUUCCACCCCCGGUAUCGGUCUCAUGAAAUGCGGCUAAGACUGAGUGAUGGGGAACCUGAUAAACCAUUGAUAGUCCAUGUUGGACGACUUGGAGUCGAGAAGAAUUUGGAUUUUCUCAAAAGGUUAAUGGAUAGACUUCCCGAAGCUCGCAUAGCAUUUAUUGGAGAUGGGCCAUAUAGGGAGGAAUUGGAGAAAAUGUUCUCUGGCAUGCCUGUAGUGUUCACAGGUAUGUUACUAGGAGAGGAACUUUCUCAGGCAUAUGCCAGUGGAGAUAUAUUCGUUAUGCCUUCAGAGUCAGAGACACUUGGAUUCGUUGUUUUGGAGGCCAUGUCAUCAGGACUUCCUGUUUUGGCUGCCCGUGCUGGAGGAAUUCCAGAUAUCAUUCCUGAUGAUCAGCAGGGAAAAACUGGAUAUUUGUAUAAUCCUGGGGAUAUCGACGACUGCUUGAGCAAACUGGAGCCACUUCUGUACAAUGCUGAAUUGAGAGAAACUAUUGGUCGGGCUGCACGUACAGAAAUGGAGAAGUUUGAUUGGAGGGCUGCCACAAGAAAAAUUCGUAAUGAGCAGUACAACGCAGCCAUUUGGUUCUGGAGGAAGAAGAGAGCACAGUUGUCGAGACCAUUUCAAUGGCUGUUCAAGCGUAGGCUCCAGGCACCCAAAGUCCUUUAGGUGAUACAUUUCUCAGAUUUAUUGUAAAAACAUAGUUUUUGUGCUUAGGAAGGUACUUAAUCUCUUAUUGCUUACAUCUAGAUGAAGAUUGUAAAAUAUUAGCCAGCAAAUAUAGUCUGCUGCUGGAGUUAUAGUAGAUUUGCAAUAUUGACCAAAAAUACCUAGCCUAUUGUGCUGUUUAAGUAUUCAAUUCAAUCAAUGUACAUGUGAUUAAUUCCACAAGUAUGGGAAUUUGUUGAUUUAUAUACUAAUGGAAGUUCAAUUGCACCAGUUUCAUACAAAA